AUGCCACCUCCGAAGCCGGUCCCCAGCGACGAGCCCUCGGCUCCGGACCUGGAGAUUGUUGGCAAACAGGUCACCAUCCACCCGUCCGGCUUCACGGGCGGUCCUGAAGCAGCAGAUGGCGCGACCACGGAGCGUAACCUCAUCCACAACUACAGCCGCUUCCGCCAAAGUCCCCUCGAUUUCCUCCGCGAAGUGAGUCUGUACAUGUCAGGCACAGGCUGGCGCGCAUACGACGAUGUGAUCGGCCAGCCGGUCUUCUACUCGGGAUUCUCCGAGAAAAUCAAAUCGACAAUCUUGGCCAGUCCGAUGCUGCAAAGUAAAGUGCGAGAACUGGCGAGCACUCGGCUUGCAGUUGAGGAAAAGGAAGGACUAGUAGAGAUCAAGGAAGGCGCCACAUUCGACCAGAAACGAGCUCGACGCCGACAUGAGAUUGAAACUGGGCUCAGAGAAGUGGUAGACAACAUGAUGGAUAACAUGAUUUGCAAGAUGGAAAGCAAGUCGUUUAUUCGGGGCGCGUACUAUAUGUGCACCCAACUUUUGACUCGUGCCUACCACCAAGGUAUUCAUGUUUCCAGUGAAGAAGUCUUGCGUUUGCGGUCAGUCGCCGAGGAGGCAUCCAAGAAGAAGCAGUCGAUUGUCUUUUUGCCCUGCCACAAGUCCCAUGUGGAUUAUGUCUCCCUACAGGUCCUUUGCUACCGUCUGGGCAUUGGUCUGCCCGUUGUCGUCGCAGGCGAUAACUUGAACAUUCCUCUUCUGGGGCCCUUUUUGCAGCAUGCAGGUGCUAUGUGGAUCCGGCGCAGUUUUGGAAAUGACCCGCUGUAUCAUACUGUUGUGCAAGCUUACAUCGACUCAAUUCUCCAGGAGGGUUACAACUUCGAAUGCUUCAUUGAAGGCGGUCGUUCCCGGACCGGAAAACUGCUCUCCCCCAAAUUUGGAAUUCUGAACUUCAUCGUUGACAGUGUUCUGUCCGGCCGGGUUGAAGACACAAUAAUUUGCCCCGUCAGCACUCAGUAUGACAAGGUCAUUGAGACAGAAUCCUACAUCAGUGAACUUUUGGGUCAGCCUAAGGCGAAGGAAAACCUGGCCGAUCUUCUUUCCUCGUCUUCAGUCUUGUCCCUGCAGCUGGGACGAGUAGAUGUCCGGUUCCAUCAACCCUGGAGUCUCCGGGAAUUCCUCACUCAGCAGCUGACGCGUCUCAAUUGCUCUCACCUGGGUACCGCCCAGAAACUUGCCAUGUCUGAACGUGGCCGAAUCCUUAGAACGUUGGGAUAUCGGGUCUUGUCCGAAAUCAACGAUGUCUCUGUUAUGAUGCCAACCGCCCUCGUGGGAACAGUACUUCUGACGCUCCGUGGUCGUGGAGUUGGAAAAGCCGAGUUGGUGCGACGCUUGGACUGGCUUUGUGAGCGUGUUCGUGCCAAGGGCGGUCGAGUUGCUCACUUCUACCGCUCACCUACCGAGAUGGUGGUUGACCGUGCCUUGGAAGUCAUGGGGCCAAAGCUGGUGGGUGUAAUCUCAGGCUUGGUGGAACCGACCUACUAUGCCGUCGAUCGCUUCCAGCUGUCUUUCUAUCGAAACAUGACCAUCCAUCUCUUCAUCACCGAGGCACUGGUUUCUGUUGCGAUGUACACAAAGAUCAAGCAAGGUGGCGGCCCUACCAACCAACGGAUUGCCUACGAUGCUCUGACGAACCAGGUCUCCUUCCUUUCUCAGCUCUUCCGUGGCGAGUUCAUUUUCCCGCCUGAAGGUCUGGCCGUUAAUAUGGAAAACACCUUGCGUGGCUUGGAGACAGACGACGUGAUCAAGAUCACUCGUGACAGCACCGGCACGCCACAGUAUGUUGAACUCAGCGACACUGAGCGCAGCUGUGGUCGUGAAAACUAUGAUUUCUACUGCUUCCUCAUCUGGCCCUUCAUCGAAUCAUCGUGGCUCGGUGCGGUGUCUCUUCUCGGACUUACUCCGCCUCUCGAUGGAUCGCAAGAUAUCUGGCUUGACAACAAGAAGGCUCUGGAUAGUGCUCAGCUUCUUGGAAAAACGUUGUAUCAUCAGGGUGAUCUCUCGUACUUCGAAGCUGUCAACAAGGAGACCCUGAAGAACUCCUACCAGCGCUUUGAGGAAGAGGGUAUUAUCCUCGUUGCCAAAGACAAGGAAUCCCGGGCCGGACCAUCUCUCAGGCUUGCGCCGGAUUGGACACCGGAGAGAGACCCUACAUCGGGCAAGGUCCUGCCUCAAGGACGCCUGUGGGACUUCACUGAGUUGAUCGCUCAGUCCCGCCGUGAAGGUAAAAACCGUCGUGACGGUGCAACUGUCUCCUCACGGGUCCUGACCAUGUCGGACAAUGUCGGCCGUGAACUCUUCUACAAUGCGGCAGCCCCUGCACCUGCGGAUGUUGUCUCCAAGCAGAGACGACGCCAGGCUAUUGCGACCGACUCCAAGCUAUAACCCCUAUCAUG